AUGGUUGAGACGUCAUCGAUGACGCGCAAGAUGCGUCACGAGAACACGUGCACAGCUAACGAGACGGCUCUGGAGGCGCUCAAGAGACAGACAGGCAUGCCGGAUGAGGUGUGUCUGUGCUACAGCGGCAUCCCGGGGGCAGUCUACGGUGUCUGUUCGCGCGCUAACAUACCAGUCGGUACUUGGAUGGGUCCGUACGAAGGCCGCUACGUGGCGCUGCAGGACCUCGGUCCGCAAGUUGACUCAUCGGCGCUGUGGGAGGUCUACGAGAAGGGACAAGUGACGCAUUUCAUAGAGGGCAGCACCUGGAUGCGGUACGUUCAGAGCGCCCGCUACUGGCAGGAGCAGAACAUGGCCGCCGUGCAACAGGGCGGCAUGGUCUACUACCGUGUCACCCGCAGCAUCGCGCCCGGCGAGGAACUGCUCGCCUACUACGGUGACUCCUACGCGCACUUCAUGGGCAUCCCGCUCACCCUUAAGCAACUCUCGAUCGAAGACUCCAACGACUGGCACCUCUGGAAAUGCGGACAGUGUUUCAAGACGUUUACCCAACGCAUCCUGUUGCAGAUGCACGUCUGCGCUCAGAACCCAGAUCGGCCAUAUCAGUGCGGACACUGCACGGCGGCCUACGUGCACGCCUCAGAACUCCGGAAUCACGUCGUCACGCACACGAGCGAGCGGCCGUUCCGCUGCGGGUUUUGCGGACGCGCAUUCGCCGGCACGACGACGCUGAAGAAUCACAUGCGCACGCACACGGGCGAGCGACCCUUUAAAUGCGAGCAGUGCAAUGCGAUGUUUUCACAGUCGGCGCAACUCAGCCGCCACCAGAAGGUACCAGGAGAGUGCCCCGCGAAGCCUAGCGACGGAACAGAGACCAAGACUCCAGCCGCAGCGACGAAGAAGCAAUCGUAAGGGAUGUAUUUGAAGGAAGGCAUUGUUGGAAGGCCACCGCGUGGAUGUCAUCAUAAGGAAGCUAACGUCAGGAGGCAAUGAUAGCAGCAAAGGACGGAAGACAUCAGAGACACCCACUGCUGAGAAAAAUAUAGCAUGACAGCCAUUCAAUUGGGUUCAAGGUCAGAGGAGCGGUAAAGACUAUGCCACGUGACGUGCUCGUCACUGCGCGUCAUCACUAUGACCUCUGACAAUAACG